UGAGAUACGAGAUUUAUGAUUCAUGACGCCGAGAGAAAUACACACCUCGAGACCUGCGGUUUUUCUCGGAGGUUCACGUUGCGCAAUUAAAUAAUGAGAAAAUAAACAGAGAUGAAAAAGCCACCCUUAGAGACUCUUUAAUGUACCGGGCUAGAGGUGACACGGAAACGAGGCUAAUUAAGUUUGGCAACGAAAGUGUCUCUUUAAUUCGAGCGCAACGUAUAUCGAAACUUUGCGUUUUAUGAACGUUAAAAUUCUACAUGGCGUCCACCUUUCGGCGCCCUUUUCUGUUAUUGUGCCAGUAAUAUCGUUGGUGUUACGCACGAACGCUUGUUUUGUACGCGAUUUCUACCUUGCUUCUCGUUUAAGUUUUUAGUGCAGCUUAAUAUGAUUACAUUACGAGGGAAGCUCAAGAAGGACAAUGACAUAGCGAACUCAAAGAACUACAACAGGCGAGUCUCGAUACGAGAUAAAUUACUGGUCAAAGAGGUACAGGAGAUGCAACAGACCUUGCCGAUAACUUGUCAAGUCACAUUCGAGGAUCCGCAUCGUCUUCACGAAUUUAGCCUGCUAAUUGUACCGGAUGAGGGAUACUGGAUUGGCGGCCGUUUCUUCUUUCAAAUCUGUAUAAGUGAAGAUUACAACAUGGCGCCACCAAUAGUAAAGUGUUUAACGAAGCUAUGGCAUCCUAACAUCAGCGAGGAUGGCGAUGUAUGUUUAUCCAUUCUAAGACAAAGCAGCAUCGAUGGAAUGGGAUGGGCACCAACGCGCAAACUGAAAGACGUUGUGUGGGGUUUAAAUUCUCUUUUCACUGAUCUCCUAAACUUUGACGAUCCUCUAAACAGAGAUGCAGCGGAUUUGUUUGUCAAGGAUAAAGAGUCCUUUCGAAGUAAAGUUAAAGAUUAUGUAAUGCAAUUUGCAAAGAGAUGAUUUACAUUGUAACAUUUUAAUUAACAAAUAAUUCUUUACAUUUUUCAAAUUGGUUUUGUGCCUCUUUUUUAGUGUACAAGUACAGAACUUGCUCAAAUGUGCUUUAGGUUGAUUUACUUUUGCUAGUCUUUUUACCUGAAAGAGAUUGAUCUUUCAGUUUCAUACAAUCGAAUUCUCGGACUGUUGUAACGAAAUUGCAUUAAUAUACAUUAAUUGCGAUCUAUACUAUUACAUAUAUAUGAGAAAAAUGUAAACGUAUUUCGAGGAUUAAAACUACAUCACACACA